UCGUAGUUCGAAAACUGCAUCAAAACACCAUCAAACUCUCUGUGAAGAAUCUGAAGAAAAAACAAACCAAGAAUACUCAACUUUCAGAGAAAAUGGCAGCAAGAAACCAAACUAAAGACCUUAAAUGUGCCACACAUCUCCUGAAUGAUAAGUUCAGAAACAUGACUGAGGAGAAGAAGGCGAUUGUGAGGGAUCUUGGAUUCGGUGGGUUGAUGCACAUCCCACCACUAAGGGUGGAUCACCAACUCUUAAGGGAGCUGGCAAACAACUUCAAACUUGGGGAGAACAGACUGAAGACAGGAUAUGGUUCUUUCCAAAUAACCCCAAAAAAAAUAGGUGAUGCGCUUGGCAUCAAUGCAACAGGAGAUCUAUUUCCUGAGAAAGUUGACUAUAAGAAACUUUCUGAUGAUGACAAAAUAAUUUAUAGAAGAUUCCAGGGUAAGACCCUCAAAAGUCUUACCGAUGAAAUGAUGGAAAUUGGCGUUGGCAACGAAGAGGAACGCCUGAUGUUUAAGAGGAUAUUCAUCCUCUACAUACAGAUGGCGUUCCUUUUGCCAACGACGAUAAACAAAAUAUCGCCCGUGCACCUGACCCCAAUUUUUAAGAUGGACGGCAUAUCGGAGAGAAACGGGGGGGCAUGUUUUGACCUUCAUGGUCAAGGGCAUCACAGACUAUCAAGAGAAGAAGAAGAAGGCAAUCAAUGGCUGCCUCUUCGCCCUGAUGAUAAUCUACUUUCAUCUUUCAAAAAACAAAGGCAAGAACAGGGUUGA